AACCGGGGCGGGAUUUCCGCCUAAGGGCUACUUCCGGAUCACACGGCUGUCUCGGGGGAAGCACCGGGAAGCAGCGCUGGGAAGUGCGGCUGGGCUGCGGCCGGUGCGCGGCCAGCGAUGCUCGGGGCCAGCUCUGGGGCCCCCGAGCGCGAAGAGGAUGGCGACGAGGCGGGGGCUGUGGCUGCGCCGCCCGCCAUCGACUUUCCCACCGAAGGCCCGGACCCCAAGUAUGAUGAAUCUGAGGUUCCAGCAGAGCUUCAGGUGUUAAAAGGACCCCUGCAACAACCAACUUUUCCUUUUGCAGUUGCAAACCAAUUAUUGCUUGUCUCUUUGCUGGAGCACUUGAGCCAUGUGCAUGAACCAAACCCACUUCGAUCUAGACAAGUGUUUAAAUUACUUUGUCAGACCUUUAUCAAAAUGGGACUGCUGUCUUCGUUCACUUGUAGUGAUGAGUUUAGCUCAUUAAGACUACAUCACAACAGAGCUAUUACUCAUUUGAUGAGGUCUGCGAAGGAGAGAGUUUGUCAGAAUCCUUGUGAAGACACUUCUCAUAUCCAGAAAAUUAGAUCAAGAGAAGUAGCCUUUGAAGCACAAACUUCACGUUACUUAAAUGAAUUUGAAGAACUUGCCAUCUUAGGAAGAGGUGGAUAUGGAAGAGUAUACAAGGUCAGGAAUAAAUUAGAUGGUCAGUUUUAUGCAAUUAAGAAAAUCCUGAUUAAGCGUGCAACUAAAACAGACUGCAUGAAGGUACUCCGGGAAGUGAAGGUGCUGGCUGGUCUUCAGCACCCUAAUAUUGUCGGCUAUCAUACUGCAUGGAUAGAACAUGUUCAUGUGGCCCAGCCACAAGCAGACAGAAUUUCCAUUCAGUUGCCAUCUUUGGAAGUGCUCUCUGACCAGGCAGAGGACAGAGAUCAGCAUGGUGUUAAAAAUGAUGAAAGUAGCAGCUCAUCCAUCAUCUUUGCUGAGUUCACGCCAGAAAAAGAAAAACCCUUGGAAAAGUCUGACACUGAAAAUCGGAAUAACAAAUUGAUGAACUGCACCACUGAUUUAGUCCUGAGAGACACCAGUGAAUUUGAGUUGUCCGGUGAGCUCCAGGAUAAUGACUUUGCUGAUGUGUCUACCAGGUCGAUUGUUGAGCAGCAGCUACCACUCAGGUGUAAUUCAAACCUAGAAGAGAAUUUCACUUCCACUGAGGAAUCUUCUGAAGAAAACAUCAACAUGUUGGGGCAGACUGAGGUGCAGUACCACCUUAUGCUGCACAUCCAGAUGCAGCUAUGUGAACUCUCGCUGUGGGAUUGGAUAGCCGAGAGAAACAAGCGGGGCCGAGAGUAUGUGGAUGAAUCUGCCUGUCCUUAUGUUAUGGCCAGUGUUGCAACAAAAAUUUUUCAAGAAUUGGUGGAAGGUGUGUUUUACAUACAUAAUAUGGGGAUUGUACACAGGGAUCUGAAGCCUAGAAAUAUUUUUCUUCAUGGCCCUGAUCAGCAAGUAAAAAUAGGAGACUUUGGUCUGGCCUGUGCAGACAUCAUACAGAAGAACACAGACUGGACCAAUACAAAUGGAAAAAGAACACCAACACACACUUCCAGAGUGGGUACUUGUCUGUACGCUUCACCAGAACAGUUGGAAGGAUCUGAGUAUGAUGCCAAGUCAGAUAUGUAUAGCUUGGGUGUGAUCCUGCUAGAGCUCUUUCAGCCAUUUGGAACAGAAAUGGAGCGAGCUGAAGUUUUAACAGGUUUAAGAACUGGUCAGAUACCAGAAUCUCUCAGUAAAAGGUGUCCUGUACAAGCCAAGUAUAUCCAGCACUUAACUAGAAGGAACUCAUCCCAGAGACCGUCUGCUGUUCAGCUGCUGCAAAGUGAACUUUUCCAAAAUUCUGGAAAUGUUAAUCUCACCCUACAGAUGAAGAUCAUAGAGCAAGAAAAAGAAAUUGAAGAACUAAAGAAGCAACUAAACCUUCUUUCUCAGGACAAAGGGGCAUGAAACAGCACCAUUCUUAAAUUCUAAACUCUUUUUAAAGUUAGCUACUGAAAUUCACUUAAGGAGCUUGAGGGCAGUGUUAAAAGGGGCCAGGUUUUCACAAGAUCUCAUCCACCUCUGCACAUUGGCUGGCACUGUAGCACUGCAGCCUCCCGUCUGCUGGAGCACUGACCAUAGCAUGACGUCUGCCACAGUGAGUUCAUUCCCAACGAGCCAAGGGCUUUUCCCCAGAGCAGAGUUCAUGGAGCGGAAAACAGCAGCUUUUUCUUUAGUGCUUCCCUCUUUUAACUGAAAAAUAGCGAUGUCUACCCAGCUAUCUAUGAGGGUUGAAUUUACAGCAUUAUGUUUCUGGUCAAACAGAGAGAACAAGAAACGUGCAAUGUUCCCUUCUCCUUCGAUGGGGCACAUCGUCUGAACACUGAAUUUCAUCUGAGUCUUCGGCACUGUAAAGAAAAAACAUGGCAUGUAUCAUCAAGAGCAGCCCGAGGGAAGUAUUUGUACAAUGUGGAAAGGGGAAGUCACUAAAAAUGAUGAACUGAUGGCAAGGGAAAGUGCAUUUUCCAGAAGAAUGUCAUGUUUUUAGUCUGUCUCCAAAAGGCUUAAUAUUCAAAAAGGCUUAAGUACAAACUAUAUGUUAAAUUAAAAAAAUCAAGUAACCA